AAUAUAGCACAGCUGGUCAUCCAAGUCGUUCAGUCAAGUGAGCAUUCUUCGAGGAUCCCUUUGCUCUUCCAUCAUUUCGUAAAUCAGGUCCAUGUCCUUGGCCUUUCUCCGGACGAGACUGCCAUUGACUGCAAUCUCCACUGCUACUCGAACAAGCGCAACCAUCCGGUUACUUGCACUUACCUCGCAGGUCAAACAGACACCUCUUCAUAACCCGUCUCGUCCACUGACCGCUCGCACGAUGUCCUCCAUACCCUCCAAGAUGAAAGCCAUCGUGGUCCCCGAGAAUGGCGGCGCCGAUGUCAUGAAGUAUACCGACUCGCACCCAGUCCCUACACUCUCCGACGGACAAGUCCUCGUCAAGAACCACUUCGCAGGCGUGAACUUUAUCGAUACGUACUUCCGCACAGGCUUGUAUCCUGCACCCGGUGGCCUGCCUAUGGUCAUCGGACAAGAAGCGUCGGGCACAAUCGCCAAAGUUGAGGGCUCAAACCCACUUGGAUUCAAGGAGGGCGACCGCGUUGUAUGGAUCAAGUUUGGUGGCUACGCGGAAUACACAGCCGUGCCUGCCGAAAAAGUCGUCAAGAUCCCAGAUGGUGUGUCCGAUGAAGAUGCAGUAGGCGGAUUCCUUAUGGGCAUGACAGCAUUGAGCUUGGUCAAGGAAGCAUACCCGGCGAAGAAAGGCGAGACUGUGCUUGUGCAUGCCGCAGCCGGAGGAAUGGGUCUUUUGCUCUGUCAGAUCCUGAGGGACACGGGCGUCACGGUAAUUGGAACAGCUGGAGGCCCGGAAAAAUGCGCACUCGCGAAAGAAAACGGUGCCACGCAUGUCAUUGACUACAAGAAAACGGACGGACCGAGCUGGGUUGAGCAGGUCAUGAAACUCACAGACGGAAAGGGCGUGGACUGCACGUACGAUGGUGUAGGUAAGGACACGUACGAAGGUGACCUCGAGGUCGCUAAGAGGAAGAGUAAGGUCGUAUACUUCGGAAACGCAAGCGGAGCCAUCCCGCCAUUCAACGUUGCCAGACUGUCAGCAAAGAACGUUUCCAUCAUGCGCUCGACGCUGAUGAAUUAUAUCGUGACCCGCGAAGAGCUGGAAUUUUAUGCCAAUGGCGUUCUUGAUCUGAUCAAGUCGGGCAAGCUGAAAAUCAAGAUCUAUAAGAUCUACCCUCUCAAGGAUGCCGUGAUGGCGCAUAAAGAUCUGGAAGGCCGGAGGACGACAGGAAAGCUGUUGUUAGAAUGUUAGCCUAGUUUUUGAUGGGCGGCCAAGAGGCUGAAUAAAAGUACCCGACAAUGAACACGAGGUUACCUGCUUACUUUUGUGUGCCUCUUCCCCAAUCUUACCUAUGGCAUCCGGAGACAUAAAGACACAAAGUACAAGGCAUCGUGAAAGGCGAGCCAGAUGACGACCUGGGGGAGUGUCCGAGACGGUGAGUACCGCUCCCAGAGAGUGAUGAGUAACUUAGAGGGGUUUUAAGCUCGAGGCAGCCCAUGGGUAAAGGAGGAUGUUUGUUCUGUGACGAUGACCACCGGUCAUAGAAUCUUCUUUCAUUG